UCCUCCCCUCCACCCCAAAAUGAGGAAACGGAGCAACUUGUUCCAAGUUGUGCAGCCAGGGCUGCCUCGGGGUGCGCAGCCAGCGCGCGGGGGCCCUCCUGGGUGUGGGCGCGGGGCGCGGCCCGGGGGCGCCCCCUGAGCAGGUGAGCCCUCGCUUCCUCCGUGCCUGGCACCCCACGUUCAUCUCAGCCAGGAUGCCAACGGUGAGUACCCCCAACCCGGGUGCCUGUGUCCUGGGCCGUCCCCCACCCAGUCCACACCCGCGGGACUUCAGCCCCGAGUCCGGGGUGGGGGUGGGGGGCUGGACCUGUGACUCCGGCCCCCUUCAGCCAGUGCUGCACACUCUUUCACUAUCACCUGAUGCUACAUUUCUGUCACCUUUUCUUCCUGACCUUCUGCUUUGGGCCCCUGGGUUUGUGCCUGAUAACUUCUGCCCAGGCUGCUCCCUCUUGAUUUCUCUUCUGUCUCUGCCUUGCUGUCUUUUGCCCAAUUUCCAUUUCUCUCUCUCCCUGGGCCUCCCCCUCAUGCCCCUUUGGCCCUCCCCCCAUCCCUCCUCCCGGCCUCAGAGGCGCUGGGCCCCAGGCACCCAGUGCAUCACCAAGUGUGAGCACACGCGCCCCAAGCCGGGAGAGCUGGCCUUCCACAAGGGCGACGUGGUCACCAUCCUGGAGGCCUGUGAGAGUAAGAGCUGGUACCGUGCCAAGCACCACGCCAGCGGGCAGGAGGGUCUGCUGGCGGCCGGGGCGCUGCGCGAGCGAGAGGCGCUGUCGGCGGACCCCAAGCUCAGCCUCAUGCCGUGGUUCCACGGGAAGAUCUCGGGCCAGGAGGCCGUGCAGCAGCUGCAGCCGCCCGAGGACGGGCUGUUCCUGGUGCGCGAGUCGGCGCGGCACCCCGGCGACUACGUGCUGUGCGUCAGCUUCGGCCGGGAUGUCAUCCACUACCGCGUGCUGCACCGCGGCGGCCGCCUGACCAUCGACGAGGCCGUGAGCUUCUGCAACCUCAUGGACAUGGUGGAGGUGCGGCCGCCGCCGGGCCUAGCGCCCCAGAGCCGCACGCACUACAGCAAGGACAAGGGGGCCAUCUGCACAAAGCUAGUGAAACCCAAGAGGAAGCAGGGCACCAAGUCGGCAGAAGAGGAGCUGGCCAAAGCUGGCUGGUUACUGAACCUGCAACAUUUGACGCUGGGUGCACGGAUUGGAGAGGGUGAGUUUGGAGCGGUCUUGCAGGGUGAGUACCUGGGACAGAAGGUGGCUGUGAAGAACAUCAAGUGCGAUGUGACAGCCCAGGCCUUCCUGGAUGAGACGGCGGUGAUGACGAAGAUGCAGCAUAAGAACCUGGUGCGUCUGCUGGGCGUCAUCCUACACCAGGGGCUCUACAUCGUCAUGGAGCACGUGAGCAAGGGCAACCUGGUGAACUUCCUGCGCACACGAGGCCGGGCCCUCGUGAGCACCCCUCAGCUCCUGCAGUUUUCCUUGCACGUCGCCGAGGGCAUGGAGUACCUGGAGAGCAAGAAGCUGGUGCAUCGAGACCUUGCCGCCCGCAAUAUCCUCAUUUCCGAGGACCUGGUGGCCAAGGUCAGUGACUUCGGCCUGGCCAAAGCCGAGCGGAAGGGGCUGGACUCAAGCCGGCUGCCAGUCAAAUGGACGGCGCCUGAGGCUCUCAAACAUGGGAAGUUCUCCAGCAAGUCGGAUGUCUGGAGUUUCGGAGUGCUUCUGUGGGAGGUGUUCUCAUACGGCCGGGCUCCGUACCCCAAGAUGUCGCUGAAGGAGGUGUCCGAGGCCGUGGAGAAAGGGUACCGCAUGGAGCCCCCCGAAGGCUGCCCGGCCCCCAUCCAUGCCCUCAUGGGCGGCUGCUGGGAGGCUGAGCCUGCCCGCCGGCCGCCCUUCCGAAAACUGGCAGAGAAGCUGGCCCGGGAGCUGCGCAGCGCAGGCGCCUCGGCCCCGGUGGGGGGCCAGGACGCGGACAGUUCUCCCCUGCCCCGAAGCCAGGAGCCCUGACCCUGCCCAGUGAGGCCUUGGGCCCCAGAGGAGAGCGUGGAGGGCGCGGGGUGGGGCAGGGGCCAAGGCCUGAGGAGGGUCAGGGCCGGUGAGCUGCCCAUCUGGCUCGCAGCAGGGCAGGCCCUCAUGGGGGACUCCAGGCGGCCCGUGGACACCACAGACCGGGGAGGCAAGGGGUCAGCGCCUCCAUAAAGCCUGGUUCCAAGGA